GCACCUUUUCUAACAACUUUAUUAAACGGCAUAAAUCUUUUCUUCAAAUUUCUGAAAUUAAUCUUGGAAAUCCAAUUUUGGAAAUUAGGAAAAGAAAAGCUUUAUUGGAAACAUUUUCCCCACUAAAUUUAAAUGUUGAGUUGGUAAUGGUAGGCGGGGAGACUGUAGUGCAGAGGGGUAUGUUUUCUUCGGUUCUUCCGGGACAAUGGAGCAAUCGAGCUUAGAGAAAAUCCAUGGGCAUCAAGCAGAACUCAGUGUUGGGAAAGUAUAUCGGUGAACCAAAAAGUACCUUCCUCUCUUUCCAGCCUGUGUGGUGUGAUGAUUAAAAGGGUCACAGGCUCUGCUGGGCUUCCAGACGAGCGGAGCGACGGGAGAGUUUCGCUACAUAAUGGUGAUUGGCCAGAAGAGGGGCUAAACCUCCGUUUGCCAGCCACAGAAAGGGGAGCAGCGAUAUCUCAAGAGUUUUGGCGCACCCAGAGAACGUGCGCUUUCGGCCAUUUUUGCCCACUUGUGGCAAACUAAACCGGUAACAAACAAACAAAAAAGCCGUCUGGGCUGCAUCUCCGUUCGGCAAGCGAUUCAAGAAUUCCGGAAGGAGGUGUUCCACUGACGAUCUGCUGGCUCCCUGAAACUCCGCGGGGGUGCCCGAGCCCAGGCGCGCAGGGAAGUCCUACUCCCGCUUCUUCCCUCCUGUAUAUAUAGCAGCUGGCCCCGACGCCAUGUUCCGGUUUUGACGCAACGGUGGUAACAGCCGCAGCCGGAGCAGCAGCAGCAGCAGCCCCAGGAGGAGGAGGAGGAGGAAGUGCAAGCCAGAGGAAGGAGGCAGUCCACCAGCUCUCUCGGAAGAGGAAAGUGCUGACAAGCGGCGCAACAGAUGGCUAAGAACUAGUAAGUUAUGUUCAAGACUAUGUUGGCUCAGCUUCCUACCACCAUAAAUGGAGGCCCAAAUAUGUGGGCCAUCACUUCUGAAGAAAGAAAGAAAUAUGAUAAACAGUUUGACAGCCUUAAGCCAGUUGGGGGUUAUAUUACAGGUGAUCAAGCACGAAUGUUUUUUUUACAGUCAGGUUUGUCAAGUCCUGUUUUGGCUGAAAUAUGGGCUCUUAGUGACCUGAAUAAAGAUGGGAAAAUGGAUCAGCUGGAGUUCUCCAUAGCUAUGAAACUCAUCAAACUAAAACUGCAAGGCCAGUCCUUGCCUAUGGUGCUUCCUCCAAUCAUGAAACAGACACCAGCAUUUUCUCCCUUGAUUUCUGCUCGUUUUGGUAUGGGCAGUAUGCCAAAUCUGUCUACAGUAGCACCUUUGGCUCCUAUGUCCAAUCUGACAUCUGUACCCUCCAUUUCUCCCAUGGUGAUUUCAACCCCACUAUUGCCUUCUGCCAGCCCUCCAUCAUUGCCAAAUGGAACCUCCGGCCUUCUUCAGCCAUUAGCUAUGUCCUACCUUUCCACUUUGCCUCAUUCUAGUUCAUACACUCCCGUGAUAGGAGGAUUUGGUGGUUCCAACAUCCAGAAAACUCAGUCCUUGAUAGAUUUAGGAUCUAGUAGUUCAAAUUCUUCUUCUACUACCUCAUUAACUGGCAAUUCACCAAAGACAGGAUCUUCAGAUUGGGCAGUUCCUCAGGCUGCAAGAUUGAAGUACAGGCAAAAAUUUAAUUACCUUGAUAAAGGGAUGACUGGAUAUCUUUCAGGGUUUCAGGCAAGAAAUGCUCUUCUACAAUCAAACUUAUCUCAGACACAGUUAGCCACUAUCUGGUCUCUGUCUGACAUUGAUGGUGAUGGACAGCUGAAAGCAGAGGAGUUCAUCUUAGCUAUGCAUUUAACUGAUAUGGCCAAAGCUGGGCAUCCACUCCCACUAAGUCUGCCUCCUGAAUUUGUGCCCCCUUCAUUGAGAAAUGGAAAGCAUUUGGAAAAUAUUAACUGUGCUCUUCCAGCUUAUCAACAAGAAGAGGAACCUCCCCAGAAACUUCCAGUUACCUUUGAGGAUAAGAGGAAGGCAAACUAUGAAAGAGGCAACUUGGAGCUGGAGAAACGGCGCCAAGUGCUCCUUGAGCAACAGCAAAGAGAGAUGGAACGUAAAGCACAGAAGGAAAGAGAAGAAAAGGAGCGAAGAGAAAGGGAGCGGAAGGAACUGGAGCAGAAGAAACAACUUGAGCUAGAAAGGCGCUUGGAAAAACAACAAGAGAUGGAGAAACAAAGGGAGGAAGAACGGAAAAAAGAGAUUGAAAGACGAGAGGCAGCUAAACAAGAACUCGAGCGUCAAAGACGGCUUGAGUGGGAGAGGAUUCGUCGUCAAGACCUUCUUAAUCAACGUAAUAGAGAACAGGAGGAAAUUGUGAAGUUAUCUUCUAAAAAAAAGAGUCUUAAUCUUGAACUAGAUGCACUGAAUGACAAACACCAUCAGAUCUCUGGAAGACUAGAAGAUGUUCGUAACAGAAAACAAAAGCAUAAAAAUGAGUUUGCCAAUCUAGAAAAGAAAUGUGAUAUGGGAAUUAUUGAAAUCAAGCAAUUGGAACAACAGCUUCAAGAAUAUCAGAAUAAGCUGAUUGCUUUUGUUCCUGAGAAACAACAGUUGAGUGAGAAAAUAAAUCACAAGAUUAGCAACUCUUUUGAUACACAUCUAAAUUCACUGCAGAAGAAAUCAUCAGAAAAAGAAGAAUUAUGCCAAAAACUUCAGGAACAACUAGAUACACUAGAAAAAGAAACCACUUCUAAGCUGUCAGAAAUUGAUAUUUUUAAUAAGCAGCUCAAGUGUGAGACUAUGGAUGCUUCUAUUCUUCAGUGCCUUUUGUAUCUGCUAAGCUGUCUCAACAACCUCUUCCUCUUACUUAAGGAACUAAGAGAAACUUACUGCACACAGCAGAAAGCGCUUGAGCAGCUCCACAAAAUCAAACAUGAAAAAAUUCAAGAACUGGAAAGAAAAAGAACUGAACUUGCUUUGAAAAAAAGAAUAGAAGAUGAGACUUCACGAAAAGCAAAACAGGAAAAGGAGAACUUGUGGCAAGAAACCAUCAGGAAGGAAGAAGAAGAAAGAAAAAAGCGUCUGAAAGAAGAUCGAAUGCAGGAAAAGAUCCAUGAGGAAAAACAAAGAGCUGAGGAGGCCAUUGCACGAGAGAGGGAGAUCCAGAAACAAAAACCAGCAGAGGAGAAAUUUGAAGAGGAAAGACAAAAUAAACAAGUAGGAAUUCUAAGAGAGACUGAGCAGCAAAGGCAGAAACAAAAGGCAGAAGAAAAAAAAAGACAGGAGAAAAUUGCAAAAGAAGCUGAGGAGAAACUUAAACGAUUUGAAGAAGGGAAGAAAAGAAAAGAUAUUUUUAAUUUGCAAGAUUCUGAGAAAAUUGUUUCUCACUUAAAUGAGAAAAAUGUAAAUGUUCUUAAACAAACAAAGGGAAAUCUUAAGUCUGCCCUGAAAAAUGAAGGCCAUGCGGUUAGUACUGCUGAUUCUAAGACAUCAGUGGGCUUUGUGAAUUAUAGAGCUUUAUACCCAUUUGAAGCCAGGAAUCAAGAUGAGAUAAGCUUCCAUUCCGGAGAUAUUAUUGAGGUUGCUGAGAAAACUGAAGGAGAACCUGGCUGGUUAUAUGGAAGUUUUCAAGGACAUUUUGGCUGGUUUCCAUGCAAUUAUGUAGAGAAAAUGCCUGAAAAUGAAAAAGCUGUUUUACGUCCCAAGAAAGCCUUACUUCCUCCUACAGUCACUGUAGCAGCUACUUCAGUUCCUCUAGAAGUACAUUCACCCAGUAAACCAGCAGAUGAAGCAGAGUACCAAAAUGUAUCUUUUGCAAAUUUAAAUGCUAGCUCAUGGCAGCAAAAGUCUGCCUUUACUCGCACUGUUUCCCCAGGAUCUGUUUCUCCCAUCCAUGGACAGGGACAAGUGGUAGAAAAUAUAAAAGCACAAGCACUUUGCUCUUGGACUGCAAAAAAAGAUAAUCACUUAAACUUUUCAAGAAAUGACAUAAUUACUGUGCUGGAGCAGCAAGAAAAUUGGUGGUAUGGAGAAGCUGGUAAAGGAAGAGGGUGGUUUCCCAAAUCUUAUGUGAAGAUUUUGCCUGGAAAUGAAUGCCAAAAAGAGGAACCAGAAGCUGUUUAUGCAGUUAUAAAUAAGAAUCCUUCCACAUCAACUUGUGUUUCAGAAUAUAUAGCACUAUAUCCUUAUUCAAGUUCUGAGCCUGGUGAUUUAACUUUCACUGAAGGUGAAGAAAUAAUAGUGAGUCAGAAAGAUGGGGAAUGGUGGACUGGAAGAAUUGGUGAUAGAAGUGGAAUCUUUCCUUCAAACUAUGUCAAACCAAAGGAUCAUGAUAUUUCUCCUACAGCUAGCAAAACAGGAACAUUAAAUAAAAAACCUGAAAUUGCUCAAGUUACAACAGCCUACACUGCAUCAGGAACGGAACAGCUGAGUCUUGCUCCUGGACAGCUGAUUCUAAUUUUGAAGAAAAAUUCUAGUGGAUGGUGGCAGGGAGAACUACAGGCAAGAGGAAAAAAAAGACAAAAAGGAUGGUUUCCUGCUACUCAUGUGAAACUGUUGGGUCCCAGCAAUGAAAAGAGUACGCCAGCUGUUCAUCCAGUGUGUCAAGUGAUAGCAAUGUAUGACUACACAGCAAACAAUGAAGAUGAGCUCACUUUUUCUAAGGGGCAGCUUAUAAAUGUAAUGAACAAAGAAGAUAUGGAUUGGUGGCAAGGGGAAGUCAGUGGCGUUUAUGGCCUCUUUCCUUCAAACUAUGUGAAGAUGACUGUAGACUCUGAUCCAAGUCAACAGUGACCCACUGUUGUCUUCCAGUAUGAAAGCACCUCAGAGACCCACUAUACAAGUUUGACUAUAGCAUGGCGGCAGGGUGGACAGCCUGCUCAGAUCUCUGAAACGAUUUCUUUGCUUCGCUUCAGUAUUAAAUCCACUCAAGACUUCACGUUUUGUUCUAUGCUGUACAAUUACAAUUCAUUUAUCCAAACUGACUAGUGGGUCUUUGUGUGGCUUUCUGCACUCUCCAAUCUGAUUUUCUCUACUCUUUAUUUAGGAACAAUAAUGAAUUAUUAGAAUGCUAGUCCAAGCUAUCUCUUGGCAUAAUGCAACUUUAGGCACACAAAGACCUACUAUUUGUACUGUCACAUGGGAAAUUGUGUUCUCAUGAUUAGCAUCAUAUGUUUCCUAUGUUGAUCUCUCACUAUGCAUUUCAUGUAUGAUCCUGUACACGGUGACAAUGCUAUUGUGAGAAAACAGAGCAGAGAUAGAAUAAAAUCUGUUGUGUUGUUUUAAAGGCACUUUAUAUCACUGUUAUGUCUAUAUAUGUUAUAUACUAGAGCUCUUUAGUUUCACCUGAAACAAAUAUAUAAGGUGGCUUUUGCUACAGAAGUUGGAAAGAUUCUGCCCUAAAUACUACACACUUCUUGGUAUGUUAAAGGAGAGAGUAACAAUUUUUUUGAAAGCUGGACAAAGUUUGUUUUUGAGAAAAACUUUUUUUAGAGCCUUGCUGAAAGUCUGAGAAGCCUUUGUUUCUUAAAUUCCUAAUACUGUAACACUUAAAGGUGCUUCUCCCUUCUGCCCACCCUCCCUUCCCUCUCAUUGGUCCUCAUUGGUCCAUUCGGGUGGUUGUGGGAUUGGUGGAGCAGCAAAAAGAACCUUUUCAACUGUGGAAGACUUAAGGGAAAUAUCUCAAUGCUCCUGGCAUUAUCAGCCUUCCAAGAGCAUUUCAGAUCCUGGUUGUGAGGGAAAUGAGCUUGUUGCAAGAGAGGAGCAAGACAUGGUACUGUGGGUAUUGUGGGUCUAUCAAAAUGAAAAGAAGCCUUUUGGAGACCACAUACCUUAAGAUAUUUAGAAAUAGCAUGAUAUUGCAUUCUAGUUGUUUGUGCCUAAGGUUAGAAAAAAACCUCAAAAGAACACUAUAUUAUGACAGGAUAAUACCGGUCAUAAUGUAGUGGGCAAGACUGACAUUUUUGGCUCCCCUCCCCCAUUAUUUGGAUUUUAAAUGCAAAUUAAAUAUAUGUUUUAGGUUUAUUUUUAAGAAAAAGUACAAAAAAAUACCACUGAAAAUUAGAUACCGUGUUUCCCCGAAAAUAAAACCCUGUCUUAUAUUUUUUUGAACCCUGAAAUAAGCGCUUGGCCUUAUUGCCAUGCGCUCAAAAGCCCGAUUGAGCUUAUUAUCAGGGGAUGUCUUAUUUUGGGAGAAACAGGGUAUUUGCUACCAACAUGAUAUUGAAGAGACCAAGAAGCUAAAUAGACUCUACAGUUGCCCUCCCCUGCCCCAUUUUUAACAGAUACAUUUUUUAAAAAACUAAAGCACUUUUUAAAAUUCCCAGCAAUUUAGAUUUUUUUUACUACUGCAUUGCUUUCUGGGAAUUUCUUAGUUAACAAUUUUUUACUUUUAACCAAAGUUUUGGGUUAAUUUCUUUUUUCAUUCUUGCUAACAUUUUCUAACAUUCACCAUUAUCACCUCACUUCAUGGUGCCUUUUUGGCCAGACAAUCAAGCUUUUUUCCUUCCCUGAUGUAGUCCAUAUCCAUUUGUAAAGGUAGCCUUGUCCUGCCUGCUAAACUGUUCUAGACGUCUUGGAUAGUUGUGCUGUGUUGCUGUCAGAAUUAUCUGCCCUGUUUUCAGGAGGUGUAUUUGCAUGUGAGCAUAAAUUAGGUGGGAUUUGGGGCUGUGUGGAGUGACCCAACUCCCAUCCUGUUGGUUUACAGAUACCAGUAUGAAAAUUAGUUCAGUACUCUGAUUGAAAGAAGUUCCCCAUUUCUUCUGUACAACAUUAGAUAUUUAAUUUGGAGUGCAUAUCCAUUUUUUUUUCAAUAUUCUAAGGGUGUAAUCCUAAAAUUCUUUAAUGAGUGAUUUAUUUUCUACAAAGUAUUUUUAGCGCCAUUGCCUCACAGUGCAGCCUGUGCAUAUUUAGUCCGAAAUAAGCUAUUGUGUUCAAUGGUGCUUAGUCUCUGAUAAAUGUGUUCAGAAUUGCUAUUUAAAUGAAUAUAGCAGGCUUAUCAAAUCACUGAUGCCUUUAUUACUAGUACGAAGUAAUGGAUUGUAGGAGGAGGGUCUUUCAUGCCAAAUUGAUCAGUUAGGUGCCUAAAUCAAGUUAUAAAUAAAUAAAUGCUAUCUUGUCUCUAUAUUAUUAUUAACAAUAGCAGAUCUGCAAAUAGCUCAAUGUUAAAUUGAUGAUUAUCCCAUACUAAUAUUUAUCAUGACCUAAUACGUUAAUCAAGGUACAUGAUGGUCUUGUCUUGCAAAGCACAGUUGUAGUUUAGCAGCUGCCAAUUAGAAGAUCUCUUACAGGAGAUAUAGCAACUAAAUCCCAAAUUAAAACCAAAUCUUAAAUUCUGUAAAUUAAUUCUUGCCAAGCUAUAGUUCACCAGCCAUUUAUAGUGGCAAGACGAGUGUUUAGUCACCUCUUUGAGUUUACCAAAAUAGCAACAAAAGCAACAAAAUGAAGUAUAUCAUUCUCCUGGUAGACCUCAGGUUUAUGCUGUGUAAGAACUCCCAAAAUCAUAGAACAUGGAAUCAUAUGCCUAAAAGAGCCCUGACAGAUCCCUGCUCAAAUGGUUAUACCAUACUGAUCAAAGAGUUGUCCAGUCUAUUUCUGAAAACUUCCAAUGAUAGAACAUCCACAACCCCAGAAAGCAAGUUAUUCCAUUGUUUAAUUGUUCUCACUGUCAGAAAAUUUCUCCUUGCUUCUAGGCAUGACCUCUCUGCCAAUAAAUACAGGAACUGAAAAUUUUUGUAGUUUUGGUUGUUGAUUGGUUGCGUGGGUUUUUAAGGAUGAGAAUGUGAGCAAAAAGCCUCUGAGGGGUUUAUUGCUCGUUUCUACCUUUAAAAAGUUUUUAACCUAAAGCUAAACUUGGUACAAUUUCAGGCUGUUUCUGAGGCCUGAGGAGUUUUAAUGGCAGAAAUGGAAGCAUUGUGCUUUCUGAGUUUAUGGGAAGGGGGGUGGGAAUAGAAAUUGUGCUGCUGGACAUCAAGUAUUUUGCUAUUAAAUUUCAGUUUGAUACAAGUAGUCCUCAAUUUACGACCACAAUUUGACCCAAAAUUUCUUUUGCUAAGUGAAAUGGUUGUUGAUUGAGUUUUGCCCCAUUUUAUGACCUUUUUUGCCAGAGUUGUUAAGUUAGUAACACAGUUGUUAAGUGAAUCUGGCUUCCCCAUUGACUUGGUUUGUCAGAAAGUCGUAAAAGGUGACCCUCGGACACUACAACCAUCAUAAAUAUGAGUCAGUUGCCAAACGUCUAAAUUUUGAUCAGGUGACCAUGGGUAUGCUGCAACAGUCGCAAAUGUGAAAAAUUAUCAUAAAUCACUUUUUCACUGUUAUUUUAAAUUCAAAUGGUCACUAAAUGAACUAUUGUGAGGAUUUCCUGUAAUCUCAGGGUACUGGGGACUGCAAGUUGUUCAUCCUUGGCUUAUCGGUUGCAGAAAUGAAUUUAACCAUAUUUUAGAGUUCAAAUAAUGUCUGGUUGAUUUCAUAGUAAAAGAGUAAUGGGUGUUUGCUUUGGUGUGGUGGACUUAAUUUAGCACUAAUUAUUACUGUUAGAAUGAACAAAUGGUUACUGUACCAGUAGGGUGAGUUUAAAAAAAGAUGUUUUUGUCAGUCUAUAAGUUAAAAAUCUUCAGAGAUAAAACAUAUUUUAAUGCAAGAGGUACAAUAUAGCUCAAAAGAGGUACAAACUAUUAAUUGACAUUAAUAAGAAUGUUUGAUAUGCUUAGGCUAUUUUGCUAUUAUUUAUUAGUAUUCUAUUUUGCUGAGAAUUCAUUUCUGUAUUUAUAAUUUUAUUUCUAGUAUAUUAAUAUGUUAAAAAAGCUAGGCCCAAACAGAUAAUGGCAUAACUAAAUAAUAAUUCAGAAACGUGCAUAAAAUUUGUGUAUGGUUAUAGUGAGUUAUACUUGCUAAAAUUUCAGAAAGGAGUAGUUUAAAAAAUAUAUUAUGCAACAAAUUAUUUGAGUAGGGUUCCAAAUUAGGAUUUUGAGAAACUUACCCAAAACAAAAUUUACAUAGAAUAGGGGAAAUUUUCUUCUCCUAAUUUCAAUAUCCCAAUUUACAAAAGUUACAAAAUAGUUUUCUUUGUCACAUGGAUUUUCAAAAUAAAAAGGAGACUGUUAUGAUAGUUGAAUCCAAGUUUUUACGCAUUCAAAGAUGGCUGUAUAAAUUAUGUUCUUUAGCUUUAGAUAUGAAUAGCUUUAUUUUUCUUCAUUUGGAUGGCUAAGGUUUUUUAAUAUGAUCAAAAAUAGAUAACAGUAUUAUAGCAUAUGAGGCAAUUUGCUACAACAUGUUAUUUGUCCCCAUUCCAGAAAUGGAACUAAAGUUCUCCAAAUAGGAAUGAGGGAUUUCCUAACUUAGAAAUUAAUAUUCAGCUUUCUUAAAGUUUUUAGUUUGUGAUUUCUUGACAUUUUGAAUGGAGUAUGAAAUAGCUGUGACAAUGCUAUUUUUUCUGUUUGCAAAAAGAAUGUAAAAGUUAGAGUUCUUGAUUUUUAUUUUUACAAAUUAAUUGUACUACCCAGUGUGAUUUGCCAGAAACGCACAAACCAGUAUUUGCUAAAAUAUGUCCUAUGACUUGUAUUAUUUUUCUAUUAAAGUCAAUCAGUGAUGACAGACUUCCAGCUGUAGUGGUGUUUUGGGCUGCUACCGCAAAACGCUGCUUUCUUGUCAUUAAUUAUGUUUGUUUCCUAAAUAUCACUAUGCUGUGUGCUGUUUUGAUAUUUGUAUUUUGAAGCUUUCUAGUAUUAAAGUAAUGGAAUAAUAAUCAGUGUUUUGCAAACACAGUCUAUGCUGUGCAUGAACAUUGUUUUUUGAACACUGGAAAUAACUAUGCAAAAAUAUUUUAUUAAAGAGACACACAGAGAAUA